AUGGUGCACGCCGACGCGUCCAACUUUGUCUCCAAUGUGAGCAAGCAAGAAGCCUAUACUCAAGUGUUGGAGUCAGCAAGAGGAUUGUUCUAUGAUCAGAGAAACUGGACUAACCCGCCCAGCAACCUCUCCAACGCCGCCUCUCUCCUCUGGCACGCUCUACAUGCCCUACCCUCUCCAUCUUCCCACACAAACUGGGCUGGCUUCUACGUUCUCGACCCUUCAUCGCCUUCCACCCAACUCAUCCUCGGACCCUUUCAAGGCAAAGUAGCUUGCCAAACCAUCAGGUUCGGCAGAGGUGUUUGCGGCACUGCUGUCAGCACGAAAUCCACUCAAUUGGUGGCUGAUGUGGAAAAGUUCCCGGGUCAUAUUGCUUGUGAUGCUGAGAGUGCUUCUGAGAUUGUGGUGCCGAUUAUGCAGGGCGGAAAGGUCGUCGCCAUCAUCGACGUCGAUUGUGCUGUCAAGGACGGGUUUGACGACGAAGACAAGAAGUACUUGGAAGAACUUGCAGAACUCAUUGCCGAAUCCUGCGACUUUUGA